AUGUAAAAGCUCUAAUUGCUCUAAAAUCAGUUCAACCCAACUUCUGACGAUAUCUUCUUUCAUAUUGUCUAAGCUCCUCCUGAUCCUAUUUUCGGAAUAGCUAAUGCAUAUAAAGCAGACACAUCAUCUACUAAAAUAGAUUUAGGAGUUGGUGCAUAUCGUACAGAUGAAGAGAAACCCUACGUUUUUGAAAUAAUUAAGAAAUUAGAAAAAGAAAUAGUUAAUGAUCCAACAUUAAAUAAAGUAUGAUGUAUUAUGAAUAUUCUAGGAAUAUUUACCAAUAGAAGGAUUAGCUGAUUUCAAUAAGGGUUGUUAAAAAUUGAUGUUCGGAUAAAACAGUCCUUUAAUAGCAUCUGGAUAAAUUGUCACAGCUUAAUGUUUAGGAGGAACAGGAGCACUCAGAGUUGGAUUUGAAUUUGUUAAAAGACAUAUUCCAGGAGAUGUUUAUGUAUCAAAACCUACUUGGAGUAAUCACAAUCAAGUCAUUGAAAGAGCUGGUUUAAAUCAAUUCGAAUAUCCAUAUUUUGAACCAAAAACUAAAGGUUUUAAUUGUGCAGGAACUAUUGAAUGUUUAUCAUAAGCAAGAAUGGGAUCAAUUGUUUUAUUACAUGUUUGUGCUCAUAAUCCAACAGGUGUUGAUCCAACAGAAGCUGAAUGGUUAUAAAUUGCUGAUGUUUGUAAAAAAAGAAGAUUAGUACCAUUCUUUGAUUGUGCUUAUUAAGGAUUUGCAAGUGGAUGUAUUGAAAAAGAUGUUUUUGCUGUUCGUAAAUUUGCAGAACUUGGAUUCUAAAUGAUUGUUGCUUAAUCUUUCUCUAAAAAUAUGGGAUUAUAUAAUGAAAGAGUAGGAGCUGUACAUAUUGUUACAUCCAAUAAAGAUAUUUCUGCAAGAGUUUUAAGCAAUCUAAAAAUUGUUAUUAGAACUAUUUGUUCUAAUCCUCCUGCUAUUGGUGCUAGAAUUGCAGCUAAAAUACUUACAGAUGAAAAAAAUUUUAAUGCUUGGGUUGAAGAAUUAAAGACUGUUACUGGAAGAAUUAUUAAAAUGAGAACUCUUCUUAAAUAAGAAUUAGACAAUCUAAAAGUUCCAGGAAAUUGGGAUCAUAUCACUAGACAAACUGGUUUCUUUACAUUUACAGGUUUAACUCCAGAAUAAUGUGAUCUAUUAACAAAACAAUAUCAUGUAUAUUUACUUAGAUCUGGAAGAAUGUCAAUGGUAUUAUUAUAUAUUAAUAAAUUAUUAGGCUGGAAUUACAUCCAAGAAUGUUAGAUAUUUGGCUGAGUCAAUUAAAGCUGUUGUUUAAAAUAAAUGAG